UCAGGGACCGCUGACCUUCAGGGAUGUGGCCAUAGAUUUCUCUCAGGAGGAGUGGGAAUGCCUGGACCCAGCUCAGCGGAAAUUGUACCUGGAUGUGAUGGUGGAGAACUGCAGCAACCUGGCCUCCCUGGAUCCUCUGUGAAUAUUUUUCGAUAUGUACCUAUAAGUAAGAUGGCAGCCAGCAGUAUUUUAUACUUUACAGCAUACAAAUCGUGCACCUUUUACAUAAACUAUAGCAUCUGAAGAUAACCAAGACUUUUUGCUAAAGCCCACACUUCAAUAUUUAUCCUCUGAAAUUAUACUGAAUAAAUAUAAUGGAAACACAAUUUACCAAUGGAACGAACAUUGGAAAAACUUUAAGCAACAGUCAUCUCUUAAUAAUCAACCGAGAAUUGAGCUUUCAGAAGACCAUUAUAAAAGUGGAAAAGUCUUUGACCAAAUGUCCUAUAAGACUAUAGGCCAGGUUUUUCAUAUUGUGGAGAAGACACACAAGGGAUGUAGACUUGUCAAAUCUUUUCAGGAAUCUUUAAAUAACACUGAACAAGAGAAUAUUCAUGCUGAUGAGCAACCUUACACAGGUAAUUCAUGUGAUGGAAUCUUCAGUCAAAUACUCAAUCUAAAUAGACUGACGGAAUUUCAUACUGGAGAGAAGCCUUAUAAAUUUACCGAAUGUGACAAAGCAUUUAGGGAGUCUGCAACCCUUCAUCAAAAUCAGAGAAUUUAUACUGGAGAGAAGCCGUAUAAAUGUAGAGAAUGUGACAAAGCCUUUAGCCAAUGCUUAACCCUUUUUCUUCAUCAGGGAAUUCACACUGGAGAGAACCCUUUCAAAUGUAGUGAAUGUGACAAAACCUUCAGCAGGUCCUCAAACCUUAUUGCACAUCAGAGAAUUCAUACUGGAGAGAAGCCUCAUAAAUGUAGAGAAUGUGGAAAAGCCUUUAUCAGCCGUAAACAUCUUACUGUACAUAACCGUAUUCAUACUGGAGAGAAGCCAUACAAAUGUGGAGAAUGUGGCAAAGCUUUCACGCAGUACACAUCAUUUACCAAUCAUCAGAGAAUUCAUACCGGAGAGAAGCCUUAUAAAUGUAGAGAAUGCGGCAUAGCCUUUAGCCAGUCCUCAUCCCUUAUUUAUCAUCAGAGGGUUCACACUGGAGAGAAACCUUAUAAAUGUAGAGAAUGUGGCAGAGCCUUCCGUGUUAUAUCAUUACUUACUUAUCAUCAGAGAGUUCACACUGGAGAGAAACCUUAUAAAUGUGGAGAGUGUGGCAAAGCCUUUCGCCAGUCUUCAUCCCUUACUUAUCAUCAGAGAGUUCACACUGGAGAGAAGCCUUAUAAAUGUACAGAAUGUGGCAAAACCUUUACCAGCUUCUCAAACCUUACUAAGCACCUGAGAGUUCACAGUGGAGAGAAGCCUUACAAAUGUAGAGAAUGUGGCAAAGCCUUUAGCCAGUCCUCAUCCCUUAUUAAGCAUCAGAGUGUUCAUGCUGCAGAGAAACCUUGUACCAGGAAAUGUGGAAAAUGUGGCAAAUCCUUUGGCGGCUCCUCAGGCCUUGCUAAGCAUCAGAGUUCAUUCUGGAGAGAAGCCUUAUAGAUGCAGAAAAUAUAACAGCCUUUCAUCAGUGUUCCUGCCUUACUGCACAGCGGAGUUCAUACCUGAGAGAAGAAUUACAGAUGUGAGGAGUGUCGUAAGUCCUUUACCACCUGUGAGAACUUACUGAACGUCACAGAACUGAUACUGGCAAGAAGCCUUAUUAAUGUGAAAAAUGUAGAAAAGCCUUUAACUGUACCUGAGAGACUUUAUACUAAAGAGAGUCCUUACAGCCCUGACCGGUUUGGCUCAGUGGCUAGAGCGUCGGCCUGCGGACUGAAAGGUCCCAGGUUCAAUUCCGGUCAAGGGCAUGUACCUUGAUUGCGGGCACAUCUCCAGUAGGGGGUGUGCAGGAGG